AUGGCCAAGCGCGACCGGCAAGGAGCCAGGAAUGCAAGACCCCCUCUGGCGGGAGGCGCCAAGGAACACCACCGCACGCAACUUGGCGCGCUCGCUCCCUCGUCGGAUUUGCCGCCGCUGAACAGUCCUUCAUCGAUCCCUUCAUCCCUGCCCAGUCAGUGCCUCUGCGUCGGGGAAGCCGCUGGUGCUCAACGCGAUGGACGAGUGGCAAACCGCGCUCAGGCUUGGCACCUUUCCCGACUGCAUCGCUGCCAGCCGAGCUGGGAAGGUACGGCGGACUUUGAAAUCCGGGCCCUGCUGCUCUUGCUGGCGCACCUGCCGUUCUGCCUCGAGAUUUUCGGCCCUUUGACAGCUGGUCGCGCUCUCCCCCUUUUUUCGACAGCUCGCGUCGGAAUCUGGUUUGGUUCAUCGGCAGCUGUGGAGUCGAUUCGGCAGGCCAAGCUGCAUCUGCGACGCAACGGCGCAUGCUUGGAUGGCGACCCUUUGUCUGCACCCUCGGCUGACCCACACAAAGCGCCGCCCUCACGCACGCCCAUCCUGCCCGCUGCGUCUGGGCUGCCGACCGCCUCUGCGACGCUGCCUCUGCGCUUGUUAGAGCAGACGACCGUCGACUCCGCUGCGCAACCUCAUCCGGACUCUGACAACCAGUCGCAAUGCGGUCGAUCAGCGUCGCGCACCGACCGCGCGGUCACGGCAUCCGCACCGCAGACCACACGGACCUCCAGAUCCGAAGUGCGCAACCGAGCUGCGGCAAGUCAUGAUGGUGCUCGGUCCUGUGGUAUGGAUCGUCCUCUUGCAGCAUGUUUCCUUCUUGGCGAUGCGGAUGAACGGGCGAGCAAUCUGCACAGCCAGCGUGCUCGGCUUCACUCGGCCAUGCAAGUCAGCCACGCCAGAACGAAAUCGCCCUCUUGCUUCGCAUUCCGCGUUCCUGGAUCGUCGACUGCCAAGCAACUCGCCUGUUGGCCGGCCAUGCAGCUUCGGCCACAGGCUGCCGAAGUGCGGCGCCACGCUUGCAUCGCAUCGCCGAUGUAG